UCCCAUACGGACCCUACAAUAUAUCCAUCUCUGUUUUUCUUCUCUUCUUAAUUUCCUCCAAAAAUCUUCUUUCUAUUUCUCUCUCCCUCUUCUUCUUUGGCAAACCAAUUAACAACAGUAACUUCAAAGAAAAGCCCGUACAAAACUUCUGAAUUAUCUAGCCUUUUUGAAAUCAACGCCAUGGGAAGAGCACCGUGUUGUGACAAAAAUGGUCUCAAAAAGGGGCCUUGGACUCCUGAAGAAGAUCAAAAACUCAUUGAUUAUAUUCAAAAGCAUGGCUAUGGCAACUGGAGGACACUGCCAAAGAAUGCAGGACUACAAAGGUGUGGAAAGAGCUGCCGACUUCGAUGGACUAACUAUCUCAGACCGGAUAUCAAAAGGGGUCGAUUUUCUUUUGAAGAGGAAGAGACAAUUAUCCAACUGCAUAGUAUACUGGGCAACAAAUGGUCUGCUAUUGCUGCUCGAUUACCCGGAAGAACGGACAACGAAAUCAAGAACUACUGGAACACCCACAUUCGAAAGAGGCUUCUCCGAAUGGGAAUCGAUCCGGUGACUCACAGUCCGAGAUUGGAUCUUCUCGACAUCUCCUCCAUUCUAAACUCUUCUCUCUACAACUCAUCUCAGAUGAACAUGUCGAGGUAUAUUGGGUUCCAACCACUGGUCAACCCCGAGCUUCUCAGGCUCGCUACUUCACUGCUUUCGUCGCAACGAGAAACUUAUAAUCACAAUUACAUCCACCAAAAUGCUCAUGAGAACCAGCUCUGCCAUCCCCAAAUGAUUCAGCACCUAGUCCAAUCCAACCAGAAUGUUCAAAACCCAGUUGAGGACAUUCCUUGUGUUCAAUUCCCUAAUGAAUCGCAACUGGGCGAGCCCAUUAAUGGUGAUCUGUCCAAUAUUACAACUUUUAGCUCCCCAAGUUCUCAAAUAAGCGAAUGGCAACAAAGCAGUGCUAAUACUGGAAUGCCUUCCAGUUAUACCGAAGACUAUGUUCCUUUACCAAGUUACAGCACGUAUUAUGGCUCUGAUCAGACUCUACUAGAUCCUUCCUCUGAAACCUCGACCUUUCAGUCCAACAACAGCAAUCAGAAUUUCGGCUUCGCUUCCGUUUUGUCGACGCCGUCUUCGAGUCCACCGCCAUUGAACUCGAAUUCGACGACGACGACGACGUAUAAUUUCAACAACAGCACCGAAGAUGAACGUGAAAGCUAUUGCAGCAGCAUGUUGAAGUUUGAAAUCCAAGACAUAUUGGAUGUUAAUGAAUUCAUAGGAAAUUUGUAGUCUCAUCUCUUGAAAAGAGGGAUUAAAACUGAUUUCCAAAAUUUAGAGAGAAGGGAAUUUGGUACUGUUGAUAACGUGUAAAAUUUCCUAUAUUAGUUAAUUUGUUUUCCAUUUUUCUUUAAUUGAAGUCUCGCUAGUACUGUGUA